CCAGGUCGAUCUGCCGACAUAAGCCGUGAGUGGAGAGGGAAGACCAGACACAAGUGAGCAAGUGUACGCUGACAACGACGAGGCGUCUGAAUUACACAAUAAACUGAACGGUUAAAACAGCAGAAGCCCCAGGAGUCCUCAGUUUGACGAAAUUGUUAAGUCUGAGCUGCCAUGUCGGCCAAAGCCAUCUCCGAACAGACAGGGAAGGAGUUCCUGUACAAGUACAUCUGUACAUCAGCAGCUGUCCAGAAUCGCUUCCGCUAUGCCAACGUGACUCCUGAGACGGACUUUGACCGGCUGGCACAGGACCACCCCUGGCUGCUCACAGAGAGGCUGGUGGUGAAGCCCGAUCAGCUGAUCAAGAGGCGGGGCAAGCUGGGCCUGGUGGGCGUCAAUCUGGACCUGAAUGGCGUCAGAGACUGGCUGAAGACCCGACUCAUGAGAGAGACCACAGUGGGAAAAGCCAAGGGUGUUCUGAAGAACUUCCUCAUUGAGCCGUUCGUUGCUCACAAGCAGGAGGAGGAGUUCUACGUGUGCAUCUACGCCACCCGGGAGGGCGACUACGUGCUGUUCCACCACGAGGGGGGCGUGGACGUGGGCGACGUGGACGCCAAGGCCCAGAAACUGCUGGUGGGCGUGGACGAGAAGAUCAGCGAGGACGCGGUGAAGAAACAGCUCCUGAGCCACGUCCCGGCCGACAGGAGAGCGGUUUUGGCCAGCUUUGUGGUUGGACUCUUCAACCUGUAUGAAGACUUGUACUUCACCUACCUGGAAAUCAACCCAGUGGUUGUCACCAAGGAUGGCGUGUUUGUGCUUGACAUGGCGGCCAAGAUCGACGCCACGGCUGACUACCUCUGUAAGGCCAAGUGGGGAGAGGUGGAGUUCCCCCCCCCCUUCGGCAGGGAGGCCUACUCUGAGGAGGCCUACAUCGCUGACCUGGACGCCAAGAGUGGGGCCAGUCUCAAACUCACCCUGCUCAACCCCCGCGGAAGAAUCUGGACCAUGGUGGCAGGAGGAGGGGCUUCCGUGGUCUACAGUGACACCAUCUGUGACCUGGGCGGGGUGGACGAGCUGGCUAAUUACGGGGAGUAUUCUGGAGCUCCCAGUGAGCAGCAGACCUACGACUACGCCAAGACCGUCCUCUCUCUGAUGACCCGCGAGAAGCACCCCGACGGAAAGGUCCUGAUCAUUGGAGGGAGCAUCGCCAACUUCACCAAUGUGGCGGCCACGUUUAAGGGCAUUGUCAGAGCCAUUCGGGACUACCAAGGCCCGUUAAAGGAGCACGAGGUCAUGAUUUUUGUCCGCCGUGGUGGACCGAACUACCAAGAGGGCCUUAGAGUGAUGGGAGAAGUGGGUAAGACCACUGGGAUCCCCAUCCAUGUCUUCGGCACAGAGACUCACAUGACUGCCAUCGUCGGCAUGGCGUUGGGCCACCGACCAAUCCCCAACCAGCCUCCUGUUGCCGCCCACACUGCCAACUUCCUGCUCUCCAGUGGCAGUGCAUCCACCCCAUCAUCCAGCAGGACGGCCUCCUUCUCAGAGACCAAGCCUGGAUCUGGAGCCUCUCCUGCCAAGAAGCCCAAGCCAGGAGCCCCUCCAGUCAAGGCGACCACCCUCUUCAGCAAGCACACCAAGUCCAUCGUGUGGGGCAUGCAGACGCGGGCGGUGCAGGGCAUGCUGGACUUUGACUACGUCUGCUCCAGGGAGGAACCGUCCGUGGCUGCCAUGGUCUACCCCUUCACUGGAGAUCACAAGCAAAAGUUCUACUGGGGUCACAAGGAGAUCCUGGUGCCUGUGUACAAGAACAUGGGCGACGCCAUGAAGAAGCACCCCGGGGUGGACGUGCUCAUCAGCUUCGCCUCGCUGCGCUCUGCCUUCGACAGCACCAUGGAAACCAUGCAAUACCCACAGAUCCACACCAUUGCCAUCAUAGCCGAGGGCAUCCCUGAAGCCCAGACCAGGAAGAUCAUUAAGGUGGCAGAUGAGAAGGGUGUCACCAUCAUUGGCCCGGCAACAGUGGGAGGGAUCAAGCCUGGGUGCUUCAAGAUCGGGAACACGGGAGGCAUGCUGGACAACAUCCUGGCCUCCAAGCUCUACCGGCCAGGCAGCGUGGCCUACGUGUCCCGGUCUGGAGGGAUGUCCAACGAGCUCAACAACAUCAUCUCCCGCACCACCGACGGCGUCUAUGAGGGGGUGGCCAUCGGUGGGGACAGAUACCCAGGCUCUGUGUUCACAGACCACGUGCUGAGGUACCAGGACACCCCUGGGGUGAAGAUGAUUGUCAUGCUGGGAGAGAUCGGGGGCACAGAGGAGUACAAGAUCUGCCAGGGCAUCAAGCAGGGUCGCAUCACCAAGCCUGUGGUGUCCUGGUGCAUCGGGACCUGCGCCACCAUGUUCUCCUCGGAGGUCCAGUUUGGGCAUGCUGGUGCCUGUGCCAACCAGGCUUCGGAGACGGCGGUGGCAAAGAACCAAGCCCUGAAGGAGGCUGGAGCCUUUGUACCCAAAAGCUUUGAUGAGCUGGGCGAACUCAUUGGGUCAGUGUACGAUGACCUUGUUGCCAAAGGAGUCAUCGUCCCAGCAAUGGAGGUGCCUCCUCCCACUGUGCCAAUGGACUACUCCUGGGCACGGGAGCUGGGUCUGAUCCGUAAGCCGGCCUCCUUCAUGACCAGUAUCUGUGACGAGAGGGGCCAGGAGCUGAUCUACGCGGGCAUGCCCAUCACGGAGGUCUUCAAAUCGGAGAUGGGCCUCGGAGGAACCUUGGGGCUUCUCUGGUUCCAGAGAAGGUUGCCCAGGUACGCCUGCCAGUUCAUUGAGAUGUGUCUGAUGGUCACCGCCGACCACGGACCGGCUGUGUCCGGUGCCCACAACACCAUUGUGUGUGCCCGUGCUGGGAAAGACCUCAUCUCCACCACCUCAGGUCUACUCACCAUCGGCGACCGCUUUGGAGGCGCUCUGGAUGCUGCUGCCAAGCAGUUUAGCAAGGCCUUCGACAGCGGGAUGCUGCCCAUGGAGUUUGUCAACAAAAUGAAGAAGGAGGGCAAACUGAUCAUGGGCAUUGGCCACAGGGUCAAAUCAAUCAACAAUCCCGACAUGAGAGUCCAGAUCCUCAAGGACUUUGUGAAGCAGAACUUCCCUGCCACCCAGCUGCUAGACUAUGCCCUGGAUGUAGAGAAGAUCACCACCUCCAAGAAACCCAACCUGAUCCUGAAUGUGGACGGUUUCAUCGGCGUGGCCUUCGUCGAUCUCCUCAGGACUUGUGGUGGAUUCACACGGGAUGAGGCAGAUGAGUUUGUGGAGAUCGGGGCGCUGAACGGGAUCUUUGUCCUGGGUCGCAGCAUGGGAUUCAUCGGUGAGUUAGGAGUCUUGACCCCUGACCAAGCUCGAGCUUUCUCUUGUGUGUCUGUCGGUGCCAUAUCAAAACCGUAA